UUCAUAAAUUCACUACAGACACAAAGGAAUGGUGGGUGUGUAACUGGUUCGAACCGGCUUUUUUGCAUAUUUGCCACGUACGUACAUUUUUGUAUACAAAGUAUACGUUUCUGCAUAUCAUCAUAGUAACGUGCAUGCCGCCGGUAUUUUCGCGCUGUGAUGUGAGCACAUGUUGCGAUUAAAUUCUCGAACGGAGUGUUUUCUCCACAUUUUGUAGCCAGCAACCAUAAGUCAAGUUUGAGAAAUCGUUUCAGAACAAUCUGGACACUGUUCACGGGUUGUUUGGUAGUAGAAUCGGUUUGCUCUUUCGAAGAGUGUUGACACGUAAGUGUGGGGACUUUCACCAGUGCAGUUUCACUCGCAUCAUCAAGAGCCAAAACCAUCCGGAUUGACUUGUAUUUUGUAAGUUGUAAGUUACCUGUACAGUUGUAUUAGGCCUACAGAAAAAUGGGGAAAGGCAAGCCAGAGAAAAAUGGUGUGAAAGCAGUGGAAGGAAAAGAAGAUACUUCUUCGAGUGCCGGUUCCAGCGAUGUAGUGGUCCUGAGGCGUGAGAUCGGACUUUGGGGAUGUGUCUCCAUUUGCGUCGGUAUCAUGAUCGGCUCCGGUAUUUUCAUCUCGCCCAAAGGAAUCCUGCAAAACACCGGCACAGUGGGCAUGGCACUCAUUGUCUGGGUCCUCUGCGGUGUGAUGUCGGGUCUGGGAGCCCUCUGCUUCGCCGAGCUCGGCACCACCUUCACCAAGUCUGGCGGCGAGUUCGCCUUCUUGUUGGAGGCCUUUGGCCCCCUAGCAGCCUUCUUGAGACUUUGGGCUAACAUUAUCGCCAUCGGUACCGGCACAAUCGCCGUGCUUGCCAUCACCUUCGCUCAUUACACCCUGGCUGCGUUCUUCGGUGAUUGUCAAGAAGUGCCAACCAAUGCUGUUCGUCUCGUGGCCGCAUUAAUCCUGUUUGUGGUUUUCUACCUGAACAGCGUCAGCGUGACAUGGACCACUAGAGUUCAGGUGUUCCUGACCAUUGCUAAAGUCAUCGGCCUCACUAUCAUCAUCAUCACGGGCAUUGUGCUCCUCUUCAAAGGACAAACUGAGCACCUUCAGGAUGCAUUCCAUGGUUCCGAGAACACCGACGCAACCAAGAUCCCACUGGCGUUCUACGCUGGCCUCUUUGCAUACGCUGGAUGGCAGAUGCUGCCGCAAGUGACGGAAGAGAUUCAAAAUCCAUCGAGAAACCUGCCCCUGGGAGUUCUGUUGUCAGUGGGCAUCGUGAUGGUCAUCUAUGUGCUGACCAACAUCGCUUACUUCACUGUCAUCUCGCCUCAAGAGCUACUCAUCUCCAAAGCUGUCGCCGUGACUUUUGGUGAGCGGAUGUAUGGACCGAUGUUAUUCGUCAUCCCUGUAUCUGUUGCUCUGUCCUGCGCUGGUUCCAUCAAUGGCAGUCUUCUCAGUGAUUCUAGGACCACGUUUGUUGCCGCCAGAGAGGGCCAUCUUCCAAGGAUUCUGUCCAUGAUCAGCAUUAACAAGCGUACCCCACUGCCUGCUGUCCUCCUGAUGCUGCCCAUCUGCUUGAUCAUGCUUGCAAGCGAUAACGUCUAUAGCCUCAUCAACUAUCUGAGUUUUGCCAAGUGGUUGUUCCUGGGUCUGUCCGCAGCUGUCCUGCCUUACAUGAGAUGGAAGAGGCCUGAUAUCCCAAGACCUUUCAAGGUCAACCUUAUUAUCCCUGUCCUGUUCAUACUCUCCUGCCUCUAUGUGGUUGCCGUAUCCCUCUACUCUGCCCCAUUGGAUUGUGGGAUAGGUCUGGGCAUUCUACUGACGGGCGUGCCUGUCUACUAUCUGUGCAUCUGGUGGGAGAACAAACCCAUUUGGCUUGAUGACUUCAUGGUAAAAUCCACCAAGUUCCUUCAGAAAUUGAUGCUUGUCGUCGUCCAGGAGAAGCAGACAUACUAAAUUCUGGAGGAAACAAAUCCCCAUGGAGUCUUCCCAGCAGGAGUCAGGGGACUAGACAGCAAGUGCAUCUAUCGUAGACUUUAGUUCGAUGAUCAAGGCUGAUUGGCAAAUGGGCAAUUGCAGCGUCACAGACAUAACACAUCUGACAUUUUUGGGGGGUAAUUUAAGAGCUCAGUGAAUAAACCUGAAAUUGUGUUUUUCAAAUCUGAUACACCCAUCAUCUAGUAAUGGUCAAGGAGAUUACAGACUUGGAUUUUUGGAUCAUUUCUCUGAAUCAUUAACUAGAUUGGUUUGUCACGGACAUUACAUUUUCUUCCAUAACGCUGGAUUUGCCCAGUAGUACUGCUGAUCUGUAUAUCUCUAGUUAUUUGAAUGGUGAGUUUCCCAUAGCAACAGUUUGGACAGUGGCAUGGAAUUAUUGUCCAAACUGUUGCCUGGUAUUCGAGAUGUAGAACGUGUCUCUGUGCCUUUUUUUGUUGUAAAAUGUCGCUUAAGCUUGGACUCCAAUCACGUGGUAGUGCACAGGGAACCUUAGGACCAUUUGGAAAAAGCAAUUUACAUAGAGUUAUAUAUUUUUUUACAUGGAAACUAAAACCCUACAAAAAAUGGAACUAACAGAGACUUGAAACAAUCAAUGCAAAUGACGUCUUCACUCUCGGGCAUUGGGAUAGGGUGUGGUUGAGUUGCUAGCAGUGUAGAUGUUAAUGACUUCAUCUUUAAUAAGGGGGGGAAAACAGUGUGGAAUUAAAGUUACGAAUGGCGACUUUGCUGCAUAUAUAUUUAUUUUGCUGUAUUGUUGGGUGAAGGGUUGUAGUUAGGAGGACAUGGGGUGUAUGCGGGGGGCGUGUUGGUGCUGUUUGACAUUGUCGUUCCCAUUGUCCUCCAAAAACACCCCCUCCCCUCCCCUCCCCACCCCCCCAAAAAAAUUAAUCAAAUAGUUUAUUCAGCACAAUGAUUUACUCAGAACUUUUACUCAGAAUCAUUUAUUUUUUUGAGAUAUAUCAUUGAUUUAUUCCCUUUUUGGUUUGAAAUGCUUGUCUAUUUGUAAGGAGUUUCUUAUUUUUGAAGCUAUACAGAAAUCUGCCUUACUCAUUUUUUUUUUUUUUUGAUUUGUUUUAUUUUUAAGAUAUAUCUUUAAUGUGAAAACUGUUCAAUAUAUACUUCUUGUUAUAUAUGGAAACAGGGUCAGGAUGUUACUAUAUGUCUGGGAAAAAAAUAAGUAAUGAAAAUAUUAAAAUAUGAAACUUCUUUGUAGAUUUUUUUUUGUUAAAGUCAGUUGACUUUUAUUGAUAUUAGUUUCAAUGUAUUUAUUAUUUCUGGUGCAGAGUCUGCUUCUGAAUUUCUUGAAAUAUUUUUGCUGGUUUUUUUUUUCUAAUUGUUAACUGCUUGUUAUAUAAAUCAACAAAGACAAGCAGGAAAGAAAUACUGUAGUGGUUGUUUUUAUUUUAUUUAUUAUUUUAAGGCCAUGUUCAAACCAAAAAUCUUUAGAUGGUGCCAGAAAAAAAAUCAUUUGAAGAACGGAUGUACAUGUAUGUACAAUUUAAAAUCGUUUGAUUUUGUUGAGCUCCAUGUAAAAUAAAUAUAAACCUGUGACUGGUUUAAUUGAUGAGUUUUAAAUGUAGUUUAGUAGGUUUUAAGGAGUCGCCAUUUUCAUGGCUCUAAACUUGGAACUCUAUAAACUUCACUUUUGUUAACGAUGAAAUAGAAGAAUGGGAAAAAAACAAUCAAUGCAAUAUAUUUCUAAUUUUGUACAUACAAAGCGUAAUUACAAAAGUUGAAUAUUUUGCUGCUGCCUUUCAGGCGAUAUAUCAUUAAGUGAAUUUGAUCAAUUCUUGUUAAACCGUUGGUUUGAAGAGAGUGUUUUCAAUGCAAGAAAAUUUCAUGUGAAGGGAUUUUUGUACAGUGCAUUUAUUGCAUGAAAUGAUACUGACUUAAGUAUCUGUAAACAAUAUUGACUUGGACUGAAGCUUCUGAAAAAAAACUUUGUUUAAUAAAUGUUCUUCUUUCUUUAAAUUUGAAACAAAUAUUAUAAAUGCAAACCAACAAAUUCUGAUAAAGGGCACGUCAAAUGCCAUUUCGUGGUGAAAAUGGCACAACUCGUGUCAUUUUGGAACGCUUUUACAUGCUGUUAUCAUUCACCAUUCUAUGAACAUAGAUGGAAGAAUAACAAAUACAUGUAUUUAAGAUUGGAACAGAGGGUUGAUUUUGCUGUAUAUUUAAGAAAUACAUUGUAAUUCAUAAGUUUUAUUGAACAACAUUUAUGCACUUUUUUUUCCUGCAGAAAACUUCUGUAAUUUUGUAAAUAUAAUCUUCAGAGUUAUGCUUGUUACCAUUUUUGGGGAGUUAGAGAAAUUUGUUUAAAUUUUAUUUCAGAUUUUGAAUUCUCCUUCAGUUAAAGUUUGCUACAGUAAAAUUUUAAAUUGCAGUUUAACUAAGGUAAAAAAGCAUGAAUAAUCCAAUUAUGAUUUAUGGUAUUUGUUUAGGUAACCUGCAUGAAUUAAGCAAUUUGAAGUAUUCUUUCGAGAUUUUUGUUCACCCUAAAUCUUCCAGAUCUGUCCAGAUCUGUCCAGAUCUAAAAACUGAAUUGUGCCUAAUUUUGAUGAAUUCGAAAUUGUACAGACCAGAUUGUAAUGAUAACUCUUCAAUAGGAUUUGUGUCUUAAUAUUGAUUGUAAUAUAUUUUGUGGACUCUGGAAGAUUUAGCCGGUAUGUAAUGUAACACUCAAUAGUAAAUACAUUUAUCAGUAUAUCUCAGCAUGAACUGUUUAAAGUUUACAAUAAUGCUACUUUGUUUAUUUUUGGGAGCAAAGUGCCUUUGGGCAUUAUAUGUAAAUAUGUUAAAUUCUGACCUUUUUCUGGGAUAUAUAUCAAUGUUCAGAUAUCAUAUUACAUGUAUUGGAAAUGUUUGAAGUUCAGUGAAGUGUCUUCAUUUAUGAUUGGGAUUAGGCCAAGGAAAAAUAAACAACAGUUGAUCACCCAGGAUUUUUUUCAAAAAGAGGAGGAUGAGGGCAUUUUAAAUUUAUUUUAUUGAAAAAUAGACUAAAGUAGUCAUAUUUAGCUUACACGAUAUGUGCCUUAAAAAGAGGUCCUUUUUAUUUGAUAGUUCUGGUAGUUGUCUACUAGUUGCGACCACAAAACCCUCUGAAAGUACUUAUUGAACAUUAGUAAAGCUAUUAGAAGCAUCUGAACCUCUGAAACAUCUUUUU